GGACAGAGAAAGAGAGAGUGCACUAUAGCUGUUCCUGCUUGAUAAGAAAAGAAGAGGAGAGAGAGGGGCGCUGGACGUCAUGGCAUCGAAAGACACCGUCUCGGCUGGUUUUCUCCCCGUGAGCCGGGAAAUGACAGAGAGCAUCAGACGUAUUAUCGAUAAAACCUCAAUCAAGCUUGUGAGAGCUAUCAAAGUAGAGAGCAAGAGUGGCAAAUCAGAAGAUCGGAUUCUGGUUCUGGCAACAUGGCGGCUAUACCUCAUGUUCCCCAAGAUACCAACAAAGGUGGAACAAACAUUCAACUUCCUGGAGAUUCGGGCAAUGAACACCCACCCAGAUAAUCAAGUUGUCAUAGAAACAGAUAAGUCCACAUAUUCCCUGAGGCUGCAGUCUAAUGACCACCUGGAUCAGCUGAUUAGCCACAUCAACUUUGCACUCUCUCGGAUCUUCAACAACUCCAUCUACACUCCUGCUAUCUUUCAUGCAGAUGGAGAAGUUACUGAUGGAAGUCGGAAAUUCUCUCCAAGCUCUGAGAGUUCAUUGGAGACCCAAAGGGCAUGUGGGGGUUUUUCUGAGACCUAUGCAGCUUUGUGUGACUACAAUGGCAUUACCUGUAAAGAGGAAGUGCAGUGGGAUGUGGACACAAUCUAUCAUUCGCAGGACAAUAGAGAGUUUAACCUCCUGGACUUCAGUCACCUGGAAAGCGGGGACCUUGCAGUGAUUGUGGCUGCCAUGGCUUAUAACUCAUGGUUCACCAAACUCCAUUGCAAAGACUUGCGCAUUAGUUCAGAGGUUGUAGAGCAGAUUUUGCAUACUGUCAGUAAAUCUAACAGUUUGGAGGAGCUCACAUUGGAAAACGCAGGCCUUAAACCAGAUUUCCCACAGAAAAUGGCCACUGCUCUGUCAGAAAACCCAGCAUCAGUCAUACACUCUAUUAACCUGGCCCACAAUACACUGGACAACCAAGGAGUGUCUAACCUCAUCCAGCAGGUGUGUCGGCUUAGUAAAGGUUUGCGUCUGUUGAACCUCUCCAAGACGUCGCUUUCUUCAAAGGGUGUCACGUCUCUGUCUCAGGCUCUAUGUUCCAGUGACGACUACUCCAACUCACUUCUGCACCUGGACUUGAGUAAGAACCCAGGGAUUCUGUCUGGAGAGGACGCAACGAAUCUGUACCUCUUCUUGGCACAGCCGAACUGCCUAGUGCAUUUGGACCUGUCAGGCACUGACUGUGCCAUAGACUCGUUAUUUGGAGCUCUGCUGCGGGGCUGCUGUGCCGAUCUCUCCUACUUGAACCUCUCCAAAAACUCUUUCUCUCAUAGGAAAGUGAGAGAGACACUUCCUUCCUUUCGUCAGUUCUUCAGUUCAGCAUUCAGCCUCACCCACAUCAGUCUGGCUUCUAUGAAGAUGCCUCCCGAUGUGUUGAGGACUUUGUUCCUUGGGCUUUCAUCCAAUCCCCACAUCACUGACCUGCACCUGGACAUCAGUGGCUGUGAGCUCAGGUCUGCUGGAGCAGGUAUAAUACAGGACCUGUUCCCCCGAGUCUCCUGCAUCAGCACACUGGACAUCUCAGACAAUGGGCUAGAUGCUGAUCUGCUCUCAGUCAUUCCUACAUUCUCCAGACAUCCAUCCCUCAAACACCUACUGCUGGGCAAGAACUGCAACAUCAAGGGCAGGGUUCUGGACGAGGUCCUGCAGAAACUAGUGCAGCUAGUGCAGGAGGAAGAGUGUGCCCUGCAGAGUCUGUCUCUGGCUGACUCCAGGCUGCGUUCGAGGGGCACAGUGCUUGUGAACGCUCUCGGCAGCAAUGCCUGUCUGAAGAAGGUGGAUCUGAGUGGGAACGGACUGGAGGACACAGGAGCGAGGAUGCUCAGUAAAGCCCUGCAGAUCAACACCACGCUCAGAAGUGUGACAUGGGAUCGAAAUAACACAUCUGUCACGGGUUUCCAAGAUGUGGCUCGAGCCCUUGAACAUAACUUUACUUUGCAGUACAUGCCUAUCCCACUAAGUGAUGUCACACAGGCAUACCGCAGCGCACCUGACAAGACAGAACAGGCACUAACCAAGAUCCAGCGGGCUCUGUUGAGGAAUAACCAGACACAGCGUUUCUCUCAGAAACAGGCUCUCCGAUUGCAUCAGGGCCUGGUUACCAGUACUGCAGAACAGGUGAUGGAGCGUCUGUGUGUGCGCGUGCAGCAGCAGGUGUGUGUUUUGAGAGGAACAGGUGAAGAGGAGGAGCUACAGGCUGCUAGACAGGUCCUCAAGGAGGCCAGGAAUUCUCGAGCUCUGUACCCAUCUCUGUGUGAGCUAGCCCAUGUGCUGUCAGUGGACGGGCCCGUGAGACAGAGACUGGACUCGCUGGCUGGAGAACUGGCCAAGGCUGCUGAUAAAGAACUGCAGGUAAUCGUAGACUCUAUGGUGUCUCUGUGCCGGGAACUGUGUCCACUUUCAUGUGCCGCUGCAGAGUGUCUUUCUCCUCCUCUCUCCUCCAUCUCUGAGCGUGUGUCCAUCCCUCGUUCAUCAAUCCGCACAGCGCUCAUGGAGAGAGCAGCUCAGGAUAUCAACAGAGCUCUGGAGGAAGUGAAACUGUCUGUGGUCUCCUAUCUCACCAACUCUGUUGUGGACCAGAUACUGCAGGAGCUCUAUGCUACACACAAAACCCUGCUCCGGCAAGUUUCACAAAUAAGACAGCUGGAAGACGGGGGAAUGGCCAGACGCUCACACAGACACACCGACAUACUGGACGUGGUGGAGGAUGACUUUGGCAUCAGCAUAGACACAAUCGCUAUUAAGAAACGCAGCUCGAGGACCAGACGCAUCCGUCCCGUGUCCAACAGACUCAGUCUAGGUGACGACCCUAACUCUUCACCUUUAGUCUCCACUCCUCAGACGUCUGCUCCCAUUUCACGCUCGGCAUCAUGGGAAGGUCUUUCCACCCUUCCUACCCAGGGUUCACCUCUGCGUCAUGUGACUCAUGUCAGACCCCGUCCACCACGAAGGCACAGAGCUGCACAUGCUCCCUUUGAGACACACUGCUCUGAAAAUGGUGGAGUAUCUCUACUGGAUGAUGGACUGCCUGACUUCUACACAAAGAGAGUUUUACCAGACAGUCAGCUGUCCUCCCACCAUCACGCUCAGGCUCUGAGGAGAAAGAAGAGACGCAGUGUUCUGUCAAUCUUUUCUGGGUUCAGAAAGAACAGAAACUCUGCCAUACCUCAUCAGGAGCCAGAUCCUACCGGAAGGGGCGGGGCCUGCGGGGACGAAUGUCGCACUAAUAUUGCCACUGAGAAUGUGUACUCCUUGACUCAGCACCAAAAGGAUCGUGGAAGAUUAGACCCAGGCACUGAGGGCAUUAAUGGGAGGCUGGUGGGGCAGGGUGUCCAGAGGACCCCUCAGCUAUCAGGACGGCCCAUUCAGGGUAUACCACUUCCCGGCAUGAUGGGGAUGAGUCCUUCAUGUUUCACACAGAGACAGUCUCCUGAUUACAGCGAGGUGUUCGGCUCAUCUGAUGAGAUUGUAUAUACUGAACAUGAGAUGGACCGACACUCUGAUAUUGUGACUAAAGCACACACAUCAUCUACAGACAGACAGACAGAAUCAGGGAGACAAGAGUUGCAGUCAGACAGCCACAGAAAAACAGACAGUAUAACUGACUUUCAGCAGCUGGAAACCAGAAAUAUACCUGAACCACCUCCCCAGAACACCAAACCAAGCCUGGCGACUAUACGACAACUCCACCUGGAGGAGAACUCUGAUACAUCCACUGAAGAUUCUGGAGAACAGAGAGAAAGGGAUGAGGAACAAGAAGAGAGGAGAGGUGGACAAGAGCUGAAAGACCUAAAACCAGAAGGACAGACUCCACCUAUCCCUGAAAAGCCUUGUUAUUAUUCACCUCAUAUGUCUCCCAUUGGCCCCCCAUCACAUGACGUGGCCAAUGAGAAUCAGCCACCACCUGCUCUGCCCACCUCAGCUAAGCCUGUGUUUCAUUCUGCUUCAGUAGAUUCUGCUGUUCUUCAAGGUGAAGAGAUCAAGAGCAGCCCUGGAGGUCCCAUGAAGCCAUACAGAAACAGGAAGUCAAACUCAUGUGACACAGGUCCUCCACCUCCCUCUGUAUGUCCCCCUGUAUUUCCUGUAGGUAUGGAACAAGACACCCGCUGUGAUCUGGAAAGAUCCUCAGAUCGCAAACCCCCUGUGAAAAAACCUAGACUCCCUCCAAAGCGAAUAAAAUCUUUGGAUUUUCCCGGUCAUCAGAGUUCGGAGCCAAGCAACGCUGAAGUAUCCUGACAACCAUUUGAGCCAAAGCUCUGUGAAAGCAGCGGGUCAUUGUGAUGCUGAAAGGAUACAGAGGGAGAGGAAGAGAGAAAGACAUGAUCAAUAGAUGAAUUUGCACCUUGAUGAAAAUUCAUAGAGAGGAAAAAAUUCAGAAAGAUGCUUGCUUUCAGCUCUCAGUCAGUGUCAUGUUGUCAUUUUAUCACUCUAACCGGCCCACACAUACAUACACACAUGUUAUUGCUUACUCAAUUGAGUUGUUUUGCUUUCCCUCAAGAUCCUGCACUACUUAAUACAGUUUUACUUAGCCAUCGUUCUUAACCUUCUCCACAUAUAGGGAUAGUUCACUCACUCAAAAAAAUGUAUAUCAUAUUUAAAAAGUGAUGUCUCAUCCUCUUGUCAUUCCAAGUCAAUAUGACUUUCUUUCUGCUUUGGAAUACAAAAGGAGUGUUUUUGAAAAAUGUUCAUGCUUCUCUUUUCCAUAUAAUAAAAGCAGAUGGUGAAAAAAAGAAAGGAAACCAUAAAAGCAUCAUAAAGUGACUAAUGCACUGUAUUAUAAAUCUUCUGAAGCCAUUUGAUAGAUUUGUGUAAGGAUCAGACUGAAAUUUAAACCAUGGUCACUUUUCGCUUUCAUUGAAUGAAAAAGAGCAGCUUGGACAUUCUGCUAUAAAAACUCCUUUUAUUUUCCAUGGAGGAGGGAAAGCCAUAUGGGUUUCAAAAGACAUGUGGGUGAGCAAAUGAUGACAGAACUUUGAUUUUUGGAUAAACUUCCCCUUUAACUAUCAUUCCUUUAUAUCAGUCUCUCUCACUUUCUUCCAUUUCUGAGUCUGCUGACAAUCUUUGACAUAACAGAACUUUUGCUAUUUAUCUUUAAAACGAUAGAAUGAUAUUUUGUAAAGCAUAAUAUAGAAACAGAACAAAUAUUUGCACUAAUCAUCGCUUGAAUUCUUGUUCCGUUCAGUGAAGGUUCUUCACCCCUGUCCAACAUUACCAUGUGAAGUUUUGCAAUGUACGACUAACUUAUUCUUAUCCUUUUUGUCUACAUGACCAAAAUCAUUAGCAGUAUUACUGUUGUCAUGAUUGAGCAUUGUUUAUGCAUCUGGAUAAAUGUUUUAAGAGUUUGCAGGCCCUAAAUAUCUUUAUUUUCUACGCAAUGUGAUUU